CGGUCCUUGCUGCUGGGAGUCGUUCCUAACCUGCCUGUUCGCGCGAGAUUAGAGAGCGGGCCCGGGGUCCGGCGCUGGCGUGGCCGGCCCCGCAGUGGAUCGGAGCCCCGCUCAGGUCCCCACUGAGGUGCGGGGAGCUGCUCAGGCGGCCGCCGGGCACCCGCGUCCGAAAGCGCCGCAGCCUCCGGGGAGCCCGGACACCCCGCUCCCGCAGCCGGCGCUGCAGCCCGGACCCAGCGUGAGACACCGCCCGGCGUCCGGCCGCGCACGGCGGCCCCGGGAGCAGAGGUGAAGCGGCCCCACUGCGUUCAAGAUGAGAGGCUGGGGACGGCUGGCCCUGCUUCUGGGGGCCCUGCUGGGCGCUGCCUGGGCUCGGACGGCCCAGGACCUGCACUGUGGAGCUUGCAGGGCCCUGGUGGACGAACUAGAGUGGGAAAUUGCCCAGGUGGAUCCCAAGAAGACCAUUCAGAUGGGCUCUUUCCGAAUCAACCCCGAUGGCAGCCAGUCGGUGGUGGAGGUGCCCUAUGCUCGCUCAGAGGCCCACCUCACGGAGCUGCUGGAGGAAGUAUGUGACCGGAUGAAGGAGUAUGGGGAACAGAUUGACCCUGACACCCACCGAAACAUUUACAUACGUGUAGUGAACCGGAACGGAGAACCCAAUGGUGUGAAUCUAGAGGGCAUCCGAAUUGAUUCGGACAUCCGAGGCACACUCAAGUUUGCGUGUGAGACCAUUGUGGAGGAAUAUGAGGAUGAACUCAUUGAAUUCUUUUCGCGAGAGGCUGACAAUAUUAAAGACAAACUUUGUAGUAAGCGAACAGAUCUAUGUGACCAUGCCCUGCGUGUACCGCAUGAUGAGCUGUGAACCACUGGAGCGGCCCUGACGGACAAGCUUGAUGGAUCACCCCCAGGAGGGGAAAAGGUGGCAAUGCUGUUUAUAUUAUGUUUAUACUGAAAUGAACUGAAAAAAUAUGAAACUAAAAGGAUGAACUGUGUUGUCUUUUCAUGUCCAGAAUUGGUCCUUAGAAUUAGGUUUGAAGAUAGGGUGUUCCAGACAGGAAAUAAAAGCGAAGGGUAGGAAGAGCUUUGGGAAUGGUGUUGCAUGAAGGUGGGCGGAGCCUGAAGCUCUCAUUCUUUCGCCAUCUGAGAUCCCUGCUGCACUCACAGACUAGAUACACAUUUACUCCGCGCCUACUCAAACGUGUUUCAAGCUUAAUUGUGGAGAAAAGAGAACACUGUGAAUAAGCAGAAGAACAUAGUAAGUGUGUGGAGUAUAGGAUUCUAGAAAUUACCUGUGCUCAUACUGAUGAAACAUGAAGUGAAACAGCUUGGUCUCCACGGAA